AUAAAACACUCACAACCACCCAAGCAGUUUAAUUAUCUGCUCAAUCCAGACCUCUAGCAUAACCGUACACAAUGCUCAAUGCUAACCAACGCAAGUUGAGAUUGAUCGGUCUCUCCACGUUCAUCAUCUGUUUGAUCGUCUUGCUUGUCAGAAAUCAAUAUGGCGACAGCUCAAAGUCUCUCUCCAAGAGUACCGGCAAAACCACUACUGGCGGCAAAGAAGCCGGAUUGGGAAAGACUACCAACCCCAAGAUCUCUAAUUCUGGCAAGAUCGGAGGCGCGGAUGACCUUCCCCCAUCCAUAGGCUCACCAGGUAAGAAAUCUGGCAAAGGUGAUUACGAAGCAGUCAUUAAGCAGCACCACGACUCCAGUCAAAAGCACCCUAACAAAAACGAAGUACUCAAAUCAGAAGAGGAGAGUGGAGGCAAGGAUUUGACCACCGAACAGGGCUCCGUGUUUGACCCGGCCAAGGAAUUCAACGGCAUUCUCGCCCUUUCCCCCGUGGUCAUCUUCUCCAAAUCCUACUGUGGAUAUUCGACAAAGUUGAAGAAGUUGUUGAAGGCACAGUAUGACAUCACUCCCGAGCCAACGAUCGUCGAGCUUAAUCAACACGAUCACGGUAUCGAGUUGCAGAAUUACAUUAAGGAAAAGUCCGGCCGCAGAACUGUGCCAAACAUGUUUGUCGGUGGCACCUCCAGAGGGGGCUGUGACGAAAUCGUAGCCCUCCACGAAAAGGGUGAGUUGUUGGAAAAGCUUCGCACCUGGGGCGAGAAGCACGUGAAGGUCGAAAAGAACCCGGGCCAUUAGAAAUGACAGGGUGAGCUAAUAAGGAUAAAAACAAUAGGAACAAUUUUCACCUUUGCAGAAUAGUAGAAACUCUUUUUGUAAUUGAAUUAUACUAUUAGCGUAAUGCUUUUGUACACGCUAUGGAGACUCGAA